AUGGCUGAACAUGUGCUGGACAGACAGAGCACUCAUUUAUAUCAAGUUCGGAAGAAGGUGCUGGAGAUGAUGCGUGAUCUCGACUACGUUGUGGCGGAUAACGAGCUGACGCUCACCAACGAGCAGUUUUGUGAGAAGUAUCGAGAGGACCCGAAGCAAGAGGAUCUCAUGAUUCUGAAACCGAAGAGCUCCAACAACGCAGAACAUGUAAUGGUUUUCCAUGAGUUUUUUUCCCCUUUCCCUACACUGUUAUCCUUCUGCUGUGCUGCUCAUGAUGUAGCAGCGGGUGUUGAAUGUCUUGCUUCCAGAUUUUUGUGUUCUUUGCCAAAGGGGCCAAAGACGGGGGGGAAGGGGAGAGUUGGGUUGAAAACCAUCAAGACUUGUAAGAAACGCAUGAAGAGGGAGAACGUCCCUCGGGCUGUAUUUGUUGUGCAGCAGCACAUUACACCCCUUUCAAAACAAUACAUCAGCAGGAAGGCACAGAAGUACCACUUGGAAGUUUUUCUGGAACCAGAGUUCCUAGUGAAUAUCACAGAGUGUUAUCUUGUUCCAUUGCAUGAGAUUCUGACCCCAGAAGAAAAGAACACUCUGCUAGAGCGUUACACUGAAGGAAACCCAGUUAUGCUUGUCCUGCUUCCCUGGAUGCAACAUAAUGAUCCUGUUGCACGAUAUUAUGGAAUUAACCCAGGCCAAGUGGUGAAGAUCAUCCAGUCCAGUGAGACUGCAGGUCGUUAUGUCACAUAUCGGUUAUUUGUGUGA